AUGGCCCACCACAGCAACUUCAGGUUCCGUCAAGAAUCUGCUGUGACAGAUGCCUCAACAAUCUCCGAGACCUACAAGGGCACAUCAACCCACAAUCAUCAAGCCAGCUCGAUCAAAGGGAGCUCUGAAAAGGAGAGUGUCUCAUAUGUGGACCGCGUUAUCACCCGCGAGGAUGUUUCUCUUGCGUCAUUUGCCCAUCUGGACGCCAGAAAGAUUAACCGAAGGAUCGACUUGCGCAUCGUACCCAUGGUAACGAUUUUGUACCUUCUGUCAUUCCUUGAUCGGGGAAACAUCGGCAAUGCAAAGAUUGAAGGGAUGUAUGAAGACUUACGACUUACGGAUGCCAAAUACAAGCUAUGUUUGACGGUAUUCUUCUUCACCUACGCUCUGGUCGAGGUGCCAUCCAACAUGAUGCUGAAGAAGUUUCGACCCUCGGUCUGGCUUCCAACUAUCAUGGUGGCUUGGGGAACUGUUAUGACGCUCAUGGGCCUGGUCCAAAACUUCCAUGGACUGUUGUCGGCUCGGAUAUUCUUAGGAAUCACAGAAGGAGGUUUAGCUCCUGGAAUCACGUUCUUUCUUACGUGUUGGUACCCAAGAUAUGAAGUGCAAACGAGAAAUGCCCUGUACUUUAGCGCUGCUUGCGUGGCUGGUGCAUUUUCUGGACUGCUCGCAUAUGGCAUAUCGUUCAUGGAUGGUGUUGGCGAUCUCGCAGGUUGGCGUUGGAUUUUCAUCCUUGAGGGCUUGGCCACUGUGGUUGUGGCCGUAUCGGCCUACUUCCUGCUCUUCGACUAUCCGGAUACCGCCUCUUUUCUGAGCCCGGAAGAGAGAGCGUUUGUCGCAUAUCGACUCAAGUACGACGGCCAGGAUGAGACCGGAGUCCGCGUUCCGCAGUGUGAUACUCGCGAUAAAAGAUUUAUCAAGGAGGCCUUUUGCGACUGGCAGGUUUAUACGGCCAUACUUGCCAACUUCGGACUCGUGGUUCCACUCUACGGAGUCAGUCUGAGCAUGCCAACGAUCAUCAAAGAUAUGGGCUAUGUAUCCACGACCGCCCAGCUAAUGACAGUGCCGGUCUACAGCACGGCGGCAGUCAUCACCGUCUCUUUCGCCUUGGGGGCAGAUCGCCUACGCAUGCGAUCUCCAUUCCUCUUCACUGCCUAUUUCCUGGAGCUCCUCGGAUUCGCCUUGUGCGUUACCGGCGGUCCAGCACAUAGAACCUACGGUGGAUUGUUCCUUGUCUGUUGUGGUGCCUACGCGGGAACACCGUGUGUCGUAACCAUGCUCACAAACAACUUGGCGGGUUCCUAUAAGCGGGCUGUCGGAGUCGGGAUUCUUGUCAGCUUUGCGGCCAUGGGAGGUGCCAUGGCGUCGAAUUUCUACCGCAAGACUGAUGCGCCGGAAUUCAUCCUUGGGCAUGCGCUCAACAUUGGUUUCGUCUGUCUUGGUCUGAUCUCGACAUGCUUUUGGGUUUGGAAUUACCGGAGAAUCAACAAGCAGAGAGCUGUCAGCAUUGCUGCGGGUGAUCAUCUGAUGUUUACCCCCGAGGAGUUGAGUGUGCAGGGUGACAGAGCGGUCACUUUCAGAUACACGACGUAG